CGCCGCCAUUGACACCAGCUGAUCCACAAAUACUCGUCAUCAGCGACGCAAGGGACGUAGGGACCAACGUAAAAACGCAUAACCACAAAAGCAAGAGGUAGAGAUCACACAUACCUUGGAGACCGACUGCUCCGCCUACAGAUGCAACGCUGCUCCCUGAUUGGUCGAGAAUUUUUGGGUGCCGCGAAGUGAGGUGGGUGUAGCAAACUAGCCUGCAGCGAUUUCUAAUUUCUAACCAAACUGCUCUUUACAAGACCAAUAUUAAGUUAAGCGUGGCUCUCCUAGGGAACGUACUGAAAAGGAGAAUGAGCAGCUCCGAGGAAGUGUCAUGGAUUUCUUGGUUUGUGGCACUGAGAGGCAAUGAAUUCUUUUGCGAGGUGGGUAACGACUAUAUCCAUGAUAAAUUCAAUCUAACAGGUCUAAGUGAACAAGUCCCACAUUACCGGCAAGCCCUGGAUAUGAUUCUUGACCUAGAACCAGAUGACGAACUAUUAGAUCAGCAUCAAUCAGAUCUCAUAGAACAAGCAGCCGAGAUGCUUUAUGGCUUAAUUCAUGCCAGAUACAUUCUGACUAAUCGAGGUAUAGCACAGAUGAUUGAAAAGUACCAGGCAGGUGAUUUUGGGCAUUGUCCACGGGUAUACUGUGAACUUCAGCCGAGCCUUCCAAUUGGCUUGUCUGAUCUUCCUGGUGAAGCAAUGGUGAAAGCUUACUGUCCAAAAUGUAUGGAUGUGUACAACCCCAAAGCAAUACGUCAUCACCACAUUGAUGGAGCUUACUUUGGCACUGGAUUUCCUCAUAUGCUCUUUAUGGUUCAUCCAGAGUAUAGACCUAAGCGUCCAGCUAAUAACUUUGUUCCAAGACUGUACGGCUUCAAGAUUCAUCAGUCUGCCUAUGACAUUCAAUACGCAGCUGCAUCAAACUUCAAAGCCCCAACACGGGCAAUUAAUUAUAAUAAUGGAAAACGUUAAUACUAUUUAUGAAUUUGUAAAUCCUUAAAUUCUCUACCCUGUCAAAUGACAACUUUUAAUCUUUUGAGAAAUGAUUUUAACUAUUGGACUGAUUGACAUGUUUGGUUGUCUCAGGUUUUUGCCAGUGAUGAUUCUACUUUGUAAUGUUACCUGAAUUUUGGUGUUGUUAAUGUGUAGAGAUCAAUUUAGUUGGAUUCGUUGAUGCAUUGUAAUGAGCAAAAGAGGAUUUUUGGCAAAAUUUAAUGGAAUCAGUGAUUCUACAAAUGCUGUUGUCACUGUAACAUUAACCUCUCAAUUCUCUUAUCUACUUCUCAUUUAAAUGUAGGGAACAAAAAAUCUAUUAUUGUUGAUAACCUUAUAAAUGAAUUAUGUUAUCUCAUUCAGCAAAUGCUGUGAUUUUUCUCACACAAAUGUUUAAAAAAUAUUUUGAUGUGUUUAAUGAUGUAUGAGAGGAAAUAUAUUACUGCGGACUUUUCUUUUUCUCGAAUGUGAGGAUGAUCUGAGACCAGGUUCUACUGACUACUUAAAUCAACCAUUUUGAGAUGUGUAGUCUUGGUCUGCAAUUUAUCAAAGUCUAUUUUUUUGGAUAGUUUUGGGGGCAUGUGAUAUCAGAUUUUUUCCCCCUGUUAAAUUGGCUAUCUGAAAUGACAUCAGUAGCCUAUCUAGGACAAGAUUAUGUGUUUAGAUUAGACUAUCUAAUUAGAUUGCAUUAUGGUUUACCAAUUGCUAUGUUUAGAUUGUAACUAAAACCUUUGACUUGGACCUAAAUUAAAUGCAGUUUAUUUGUUGUUU